AUGGUUAGGACGUUGGGAGCACACACCAUGUCAAUUGAUGUGCGCAAUGCCAUUCUACGAGGAAUUGAACAAGGAAUGAAACAAACCGAACUAGCAAGACUUUUUCACGUUCAUAAAUCAACUAUUUGCCAUUUUCUGAAGAGAUUCUCCGCAGAUGGAGUGAUUGCACCAGCGCCGAUUCCAGGACGAAGCCGGAUGACCUCACGACUUACCGACAGAAACAUCCUCCGAUUAAGUCGUGGCAAUCCCAGGCUCACUUCCACCGACAUCCAAAGGGAACUGGCCGUUGCCAGUGAACAAAUUCCGUCGACAAGAACUAUUCGGAGACGUUUACAAGCUGCCGGGCUAAAUGGAAGGCGUCCUGCGAAGAAGCCGUUGAUUUCGGAGAAGAAUCGUGGUGCUCGUGUCAGGUGGGCACAGGAGCAUAUCGGUUGGACUCGCCAGCAAUGGAAUAAUGUUCUAUUUUCUGACGAAUCCAAGUUCAACCUGAUGGGAAGUGACGGGAUCAAGUAUAUCAGACGUCCACUCGGCAGAAGAUUCGAUCCUUUGUAUCAGCUGCCCACUGUGAAGCAUGGUGGAGGGAACGUGAUGAUUUGGGGAUGCUUCAGUGGUCAUGGAAUCGGACCUCUUCGCCAAAUUCAUGGAGAUUUGGAUAGAUAUGGAUAUGAAGAUAUCUUAGAAACAACUAUGCGUCCAUUUGCACUC